UGGCAGGCGCACCACUGUACAUAGACAGGUGGCUAUCAAGACACUUGCCUAAUAUAAUAAUUAGGUUUAUUUUAUCCUGUUAAUUGAUUAUUUUAGUGCAUUUGGGGGGGGGGGGCAAAAUGAGUGGACGUGAGUGCAGUGAUAAUGCCAGUGAUGGAGAGCGCGUUGAUGAUGCGGUUGAUCCACGAGUGCAGAUUGAACUUGAAAGGCUGAAUACUGCAACUGAUGAUAUAAAUAAACUUGAAGUCGAUUUGGACGAUGCCAGAGCAACUUUUCGAAAAUUGUUAUGUGAAUCGCAAAUAACAAUUAACACAAUGGCAAAGAAACUGGGCUCAUGUAUUGAAAAAUCUCAACCUUAUUAUGACAGCCGUUUUAAAGCCAAAGAAGCACUCAGAGAAGCUCAAAAAGCAGCAGUGAGGUUUGAGAGAGCAAAUAGUCAGCAUGCAGCAGCUAAAGAAAUGGUUUAUCUGGCUGAGGAAGGGCUCAGGAUGGAGGGGAGGUCCUUUGAUCAUGCCUGGCAGGAAAUGUUGAAUCAUGCUACAGAGAGAGUCAAUGAGUCUGAGCAUGAGAGAGCUUUGUCCGAGGCUGAACACAGACAUAUGACUGGAUUAUACCAUAAUGCAGAGCACAACGUUCAACGAUUGCAAUCAGAGCUCAAACGCUCGAUAGCUAAAUCCAGUAUGGAUGCACGUCGCAGCUUGCUUCUGAUAAACAGUAUCGCCUACAGGCACACCCUGUUAUUAUUGCCUUUUUACGAGAUGAAAGCUCAGUUUAACCAAGUGCUGGAGAAGCAGAAGACUCGAGUUAGCGAGCUUGAACGUUCGGUGACUGAAGCCAAGAUGACGUAUGCCGAAGCACUGAGAAAUUUAGAGAAAAUAAGUGAUGAAAUUCAUCGUACAAGACAAUAUGAUGGAAGUAGUGAAAAACCAAAUACUGAAAAGGAUAAUCCAACAACGUCCUCAUCAGACUCCAGUGUCACUGGCUCACCAGACAGUACUGACUACACUAGUGACGAGUAUCUACAACUCCCCGAUAAAAUGAGUCCCAACAAUAGCUGUCCAAUUCCAACAAAGAUCGAACGCGAGCCGUCAACGGAGUAUCUAGGCCUUACAACUAUCAACAUGUCCUCUACAGAGCCCCGAAAAUACAUAAAGCGAGAAAAUCGUCCAAGAAACGUGAGCACCUGUACUUCUUCCUCUUCCACUCCCUCGACGCAGAAAAAUAGUCAAAAAAAGGUAGAGUUUAGUUCAGAGAAGAAAAUUGAUGAGGAAAAGGAGGAGGAAUGUCACAGGGGGCAGAAUGGCGAGGAGUGGACGGAGAUUAGCUUAAAUAACUCACCAGACGAAAUUUACUACAAUAAUGAUGUUUACUCGGAUGAGGAAGAUCACCAGAUCCCAUAUAAACCGUUGCCAAGUGAAUUAAGUCCAGACUCUGGGACUGCUUCCAUUAUCUCUGGGCAUCGUCAACAGCCUAUUGGUGAACGAAACAAGAGACUUGUGAAUCAACAGUCGUUGCCUAACGAUUGGGAGGGCGAUGGCGAUGGUAAAGAAGGAACAAAUAGCGGGGGUGACUUGCUGGAAAAGAAUCCCUCCGGUAGAAAUCGUGGAAAAUUAGACAGCAGUUUGGCUAACUGGAUAUCUCGGAGUUCAGCUGCUAAUAGUGGACAACCGAAUUGUAGUAGUUCGUCGAAUUCAAGUAGAAGACAAUCUUUAGAUGUUCUGUGGAGUGUUGGUCCUGGGGAGAGAGUCAAGGAGUUGUUGAAUCAUGGAAUGAUGAUACUUAACAUAUCUAGUCUGACUGAGCGACGUUCUAGUGAGCCUAGGCUAGUGGAGAAGGACGAGAGAGUUCAUAAAGAUGAUAAAGUGGAAUUGAAGGGGAAGAAAGUACCCUCUCCGUUGGAAAAAACUAUGAGCUAUCUUAAUGCUGAUGAGGAGACGUCCGACAGCGAAAGUUUAGCCAGUGUUGAAAUGCUGUCUGAGGAUCAGAUAUCAUCGCUGAUGAUGGAACCUGACAUUAACCAAGUAUGCCAGGAAGUGCUCGGUACGCCUUUAGUAGAAGUGUGCCCACUGCUCCAAGAAUUACAGCAACAGCAUUGAAGAAUAUGUUGGAAAAAGCUUGAAGAACGAGUGAUUAUCAUUUUUUUCCAAUACUUUAACGAAAUUACGCAAUUUAUUAAUUAGCCAACAAUUAUUCAAUAUUAAAACUAAAUCUAAAUUUACGAAGAGAAUGUAGAAAUUAGCAAAGGAACGCAUUUAUUGAAUAAUCACUAAAGAUAAUGAUCCUUUUCUUUUCAUUACCAUUGCGUGAUAAAUUAAUUGAUUAAGUAGAGUCAUUUAUUAUUAAUUAUAUUGAAGAAUGCGAAGUUGAUCAUCAAUAAUCAAAAUAGUUAUACACUCGUCAUUAUUAUCAUUCGUACAAUUGCGUGGGUAAUAUUUAGUCAAUAAUGGAAUUGUUUUGAAAAAUAUAAUUUAUUUGUUUGUUUCAAAUUAUUUUUCAUAAUGUUUUAUUUGUUUAACGUUUAUUUAUUAUGUUUUGAUGGAUAAUUGUCAAGUUUAACCAAUCAAUUUGAAUUAUUAGGGCCGAGGCACAUUCAAAAAAUACAGGAGAGCAGAUCCACGCCAAAUCUGCAGGCCAAAAAAGUCUAUGCUGGGGAUUUUUGUCUCAAUUUUUUUCUGAAAAGGCGGCGAUUAGAUAAAAAUUUUGAGAAGAGAAAAAUUGAAAA